AUGAGAAGGUUUUUGUUACUCUAUGCUACGCAGCAAGGACAGGCAAAGGCCAUAGCAGAAGAAAUAUGUGAAAAGGCAGCUGCCCAUGGAUUUUCUGCAGAUCUUCACUGCAUCAGUGAGUCAGAUAAAUAUGAUCUACAAACUGAAACAGCACCUCUUGUGGUGGUGGUUUCUACUACGGGCACUGGAGAUCCACCUGACACAGCACGCAAAUUUGUGAAAAAAAUACAGGACAAGACGCUGCCAGGUGAUUUCUUUGCUCACCUGCGGUAUGGGUUAUUAGGUCUGGGUGAUUCAGAAUACACGUACUUCUGUAAUGGGGGAAAGGUGAUUGACAAGCGGCUUCAGGAGCUGGGUGCCCGGCAUUUCUAUGACACUGGACAUGCGGACGAUUGUGUGGGUUUAGAACUUGUCGUUGAGCCAUGGAUUGACGGGCUCUGGGCUGCCCUCACAAAGCAUUUUGUGUCAAGUAAAGGAAUAGAAGAAAUGAGUGUGACUCUCACAACAGCAUCAACUGCCUCCCAGAGGAUGGACCCUGUGAAACCAGAAUUAAUACACAUCGAAUCACAAGUUGAACUCCUCAGAUUAGAUGACUCAAGAAGAAAGGAUUCUGAGGUUUUGGAACAAAAUGCAGUGAACAGAGACCAGUCAAGUGCUUUGAUAGCAGAACUUGAGUCCUCACUUACCCAUUCAAUACCCCCACUUUCCCAGGCCUCUCUGAAUAUUCCUGCUCUACCACCGGAAUAUUUACAGGUGCAUUUGCAUGAGUCUCCUGGCCAGGAGGAAAGCCAAGAAUCUGUGACUUUAAUGGAUCCCGUUUUUCAAGUUCCCAUUUCAAAGGCAGUUCAGCUGACUACAAAUGAUGCCAUAAAAACAACUCUUCUGGUAGAAUUGGACAUUUCAAAAACAGAUUUUUCCUACCAGCCUGGGGAUGCCUUCAACGUAAUCUGUCCCAACAGUGACUCCGAGGUGCAGAGCCUGCUCCACAGAUUGCAGCUCUCAGACCAAAGGGAACACCGUGUCCUCUUGAACAUUAAGGCUGACACCAAGAAGAAAGGAGCAGCCUUGCCCCAGCAUAUACCCGAGAGAUGUUCUCUCCAGUUCAUUCUUACCUGGUGCAUCGAAAUACGAGCAGUUCCUAAAAAGGCAUUUCUGCGAGCCCUUGUGGACUGUACCAGUGAUGGUGCGGAAAAGCGAAGGCUGCAGGAGCUGUGCAGCCGACAGGGAGCGGCCGAUUAUAACCGUUUUGUGAGGGAUGCCUGUGCCAGCUUGUUAGACCUCCUGCUCGCCUUCCCAUCCUGUCAGCCUCCUCUCAGCCUCCUAUUCGAACACCUUCCAAAGCUCCAGCCCAGACCAUACUCUUGUGCAAGCUCAAGUCUGUCUCACCCAGGGAAGCUUCACUUUGUUUUUAACAUUGUGGAGUUUCUGUCCACCACCACACCGGUGGUUCUUCGGAGAGGCGUGUGCACGGGUUGGCUGGCCACAUUGGUUGAAUCAGUUCUUCAGCCGAACAGGCAUGCAUCCCAUGCAGAUGGUGGGAAAGCCCUGGCUCCACAGAUAUCCAUUUCUCCUCGCACAGCAAACUCUUUCCACUUGCCAAAUGACCCCUCCAUCCCCAUCAUCAUGGUGGGUCCGGGAACUGGCGUAGCGCCCUUCAUUGGUUUCCUGCAGCAUAGAGAGAAACUCCAAGAACAGCAUCCAGACGGACACUAUGGGGCGAUGUGGUUGUUUUUUGGCUGUAGACAUCAGGAGAGGGAUUAUUUAUUCAGGGAAGAGCUCAGACAUUUCCAUGAGCAUGGAAUCCUCACUCACCUGAAGGUUUCCUUCUCAAGAGACUCUCCUGCCGGGGAGGAGCAAGCCCCCGUGAAGUACGUGCAGGACAACAUCCAGCUUCACAGUGAGCAGGUGGCAAGGCUCCUCCUUCAUGAGAACGGUUACAUUUACGUGUGUGGAGAUGCUAAGAAUAUGGCCAGGGAUGUAAACGAUACCCUUGUGGAAAUAAUAAGCAAAGAGGUUGGAGUUGAUAAGCUGGAAGCAAUGAAAACUUUGGCUACUUUAAAAGAAGAAAAACGCUAUCUUCAGGAUAUAUGGUCAUAA